UAUUGGUUGCCGAAGUGAUUCAACACUUUUUCCCACGAUUGGUAGAACUACACAACUAUACCCCUGCCAACUCCUCGUCUCAGAAGAAAGAAAACUGGUACAUGCUCAACAGAAAACCUCUUUCCAAAUUAAACUACCAACUAUCAGACAGGAUGAUUAAAGAACUAGUCACAGCGCAACAAGGAGUAAUUGAAAAAUUUUUGUACACACUAAAAACAAAGAUUGACAGAGCAUUAUGGAACAAAGAGCAAAGAAAAAAACAAAAUAGUUUAGAAUCUCACAGUAGCAGUUCAGUUUUCAGUGCUUUUCACGAUCUUGCAGUCGAAGGAGGUUCACGUUACCGCACGAAUAAAAAGGAUUCAGGUGACGUAAAACUGGGCAGGCUCGUUGUUGAUGGUCAGCAGGUAGUGCCAGUAGUCAUGUACGAAGAAAAGGAACAAGAAAUGAUAAAGGAGGAGACUGUACAGCUUCUGACAGCUAAAGUUCGCAGAUUGGAGCAUUUACUCCAUCUUAAAGACCUACGAAUUGAAGAACUAAACAAGAGAAUCGAUGAAAUGCAACCGACAGGACUCGAACCACAAUCUCAGAAAACAGAGACAAAAGAAAACGGAAAAAGGCGUAAAAAUAAUGAUAAUAGGGAAAAAAGUUAGCUUUUGUUACUUUGUCCAUAUUCAUAAUUUGAAUGCAACUCUUUCUACCAGUAAUACAGCUAGAAGAAGAAGCAUGGAUUUUUUAAAUAUAAUUAU